AUGGAAAUGCGUAAUAAGAAGACGCAAUCAAAGAAAGAUCAGCACAAGCAGAAGAACGGGAUGCUCGUGUCAGUUGCUUCAUUAUCGGACCAGAAGCUCAGCGUCGAAACCUCGAACGAGAAUGGGAAAUUGCUGCUUAAUGGCACAACUAAACGUUUAGACUAUUGCAAGCAGCGCGAAAUUGUCAAGCGCCUCAUGAAGCAGGCGGAUCAGCAGGGGCUACAGAUUGGAGACACACGCUUUGUGCUCUCAGCCAAAUGGUGGGAACGUUGGUGUGACUUUGUGGAUUUUAAGGAAGAAAAAGACCCACUUUUGGCAGCUGAGGCGUGGAAUCUACCGCCCAGUCGUAUCGACAAUUUGCCGCUUCUUCAUGUGAGCUCAGAAAUGCCACUUGAUGAGCUGAUGGGAGGGCCAUUACGUCCGCAAUUAAAGGAAAACUUUCACUAUGUGCUGAUUCCACGAGAAGUAUGGGACGCAUUUUUGAUUUGGUAUGAUGGAGGACCAACUAUUGCACGCUUCGUUGUUCAAGUCGGAGAUCCAGAACGUGGAAACGUUUUCAAUCGUGUAGAGGUGUACCCGGAACAGACGGUAGAAGAUAUGGAGGAUACUGCAAAAAAUGUGCACGACGAUUUCAUACAGAGCGAUGAUCUGACGGCUACACUGAAUAGUCAGAAGGAUGAGUCUGGAUACGGGAUUGAAAUGCAGCGCACUCCAAGUGCAGUGUCUAGCUCCAUUCCAAAACUUUGUGGUGCUUGUCGGAAAGCAACGGGAUCGCUAAAGCGUUGCAGUAGCUGCCAACUUAUUUGGUACUGUGGGUCAAGCUGUCAAAUGUCUCAUUGGAAAUACCACAAGGCUGUGUGUCGCUCCAAGCUCUCGGCUGAAGAAAAAGAAGAUGAAACGCUACAGAGAUGGCAAACAGAGCGGCGUGGUAAGAUGGGUCUUCGUAACCUCGGCAACACGUGCUUUAUGAACUCAGCACUGCAGUGUUUAAGCCACGUAGAGUUGCUGACGCGCUAUUUCUUAAGCAACAAGUACAAGAGAGAUUUAAACCGCGACAAUCCAUUAGGAACGGGUGGCAACUUGGUUGAGGAAUACGAUGCUUUACUGAAGGAGAUAUACUUUGGCACAAUGCCUAGCACCUCACCCGCCAACUUCAAGCGGGCAAUCAGUCGGUUUGCUCCGCAAUUUUCCGGAUUUCAACAGCAUGACGCCCAAGAAUUGCUCGCAUACAUUAUCGAUGGCUUGCAUGAAGAUCUGAAUCGCGUCAAACACAAGCCGUAUAUUGAGUUGAAGGAGUCUGACGGCUCACAAAACGAUGCUUCUGUAGCGAAGAAAGCAUGGGAAUGCCACUUGCUACGCAACGACAGUAUCUUUGUGGAUCAUGUUCAGGGCCAGUUCAAGUCUACGGUUGUAUGCCCAAUCUGCAACAAAGUUUCGAUUACUUUCGAUCCAUUUAAUUGCAUCCAGUUGGAGCUACCUCAGCAGCAGAAUCGCGAAAUAGAAGUCAUUUUCGUCCCGAGCGAGCCAGGCAAGUCUAUGACUCGUUACCUUGUAGAAGUACCCAAGAAAGGGACCGUCCUCCAGCUGAAACGCGCGUUGGGCAAGUUGUGCAAGCUGAGCCCCAGCAGUCUGUUUGCAGCCGAUAUCUAUCAAUCUAUGACGUACCGGAUCAUCGGAGAUACCAAGCGGUUGAAUCGUUUACGAGAAGGUGACCGCAUUCUUAUGUAUCAAGUGGAUGCCACACCAACUGAAGAUCCCGUGUUACACGGCUUCCUAUAUCACCGAGUUGGGUCCGCUUUGGCAGGUGACCCGUUGCUCUUCACCUACACUGCUUCAACGACAUGUACUGAGAUGAUGGAGAAGUGGAGCGAAUUGCUGAGCAUGCAUUUCUCACAGGCUUUGAGCGCCAAGAUUCCGAGCAAUAUGCUAUCGCAAUGUGUGUAUCUAACCGACCGCAAUGGUGUUUGUUUACGCAAUGAACCAGUUCCUCCAGCUGCCGACGCAAAAUUUUCGGAUUUCGCUACGUUGUACGGUGAAGACUCGCCGAAUGAACUGGUUUUUGCUACGGUUGCUUGGUCAUCACUGAUGUUGUCCUCGUCGGCUUCUCCUCACCCUGAGAUGGAGCAAAUUGUCAAUCACGAGAGUGUACGUGCGAAAGCUAGUGGGUCUCGUGCACACGAGGGCAUUUCUCUAGACGACUGCUUUCGGAAUUUUGUAAAGUCCGAGACGCUUGACCAGGCAAACUUGUGGUACUGCAGUCACUGCAAGGAGCACCGACAAGCGCGCAAGACUAUGGAAAUGUGGCGGCUACCGGAUGUUCUAAUACUCUCACUGAAACGGUUUGAGUAUCGCAAUGAUAUUCUGCGUGACAAGCUGGACGUUUUUGUCGACUUUCCCCUUGAAGGCCUUGACAUGUCACCAUACAGUCUUGAGAAGAGCAGUGACAAGGACCACUUCAGCUACGAUCUGUUUGCUGUGAGUAAUCACUAUGGAAGGAUGGGCUUUGGUCACUACACUGCUUUUGCUAAGAGCUGGAAGGACGGUGAUGGUGAGUUAUAUCCAGGUUGGUACUCAUUUGACGAUAGUCUCGUGACACCAGCGAUGCCGAGUCAGAUUAAGUCCAAUGCCGCUUAUAUUUUGUUUUACAAGCGCAAGAACCUCUUGCUCGAGCCAACUACCGAGUCAAAGUCGUGCAUCAAAAUUUAG